UUCAAUUUCAAUCCCAAACCUCCUUGACUCUCUCUCAUUUUCUCUCUCUAAAACCAUGCAAAUAGGAUCAACACUUCCGGCACAAAAUCUGAACCUGUUUCAGACAAGACGAGCCAGCUUCAAGUGUCGUGGCUCACCAUUGAACCCAGGGAGUUCAUCACAAUCUGUUAAACCAGUUGCAUCCGCCGAGUCGACUCGGAAGACUCUAUCUAACCUUGAAAAGCUACUUCAAAAGCAAUCCCCACCGAAUUCACGUUCACCCGACCCAAAACCGGUUCACAAAGAAUCCAAUAAUGGGUCGCCGGAAAUUAAAGGGAAGGGGCUCUUGGAGGCCUUGAAAUUGACCCGAAUUUGGCCCGAAAUGAAGGUGGCGGAGGAAAUGUCGCCCCGUCACCUCAACCGCCUCCAGCGGCUUUUAUCGAAGUCGCCGGAAUAUUCUCCGAGAAACAGGCUCGGUAACCGGUGGAGAGAGUACCACGGCUGCAACGAUUGGACCGGACUCCUCGACCCGCUCGACGAGAAUCUCCGGCGAGAGGUGGUCCGGUACGGCGAAUUUAUUCAGGCCGCUUACCAUUGUUUUAAUUCAAAUCCCGCCAUGUCAGCUGACGAAGCUCCGUUUCCUCGAUACGUGGCGUUGCCUGAUAGGUCGUAUCAGCUGACAAAAAAUUUGUAUGCCACGUCAUCAAUUGGGUUGCCAGGGUGGGUGGAUGACGUGGCACCGGAUCUUGGGUGGAUGACCCAGCGAACAAGUUGGGUCGGGUAUGUCGCAGUGUGUGAUGAUCAGAGGGAGAUCGCACGGAUGGGGAGGAGAGAUAUUGUCAUCGCUCUACGUGGGACAGCCACGUGUCUUGAGUGGGCUGAGAAUAUGAGGGACCUACUAGUUCAAAUCCCGGGCCAAAAUGACUCGACCCGUGGACAACCCAAGGUGGAAUGCGGGUUUUUGAGUCUAUACAAAACAUGUGGAGCUCAAGUGCCAAGUUUAGCUGAGUCAGUAGUUGCAGAAAUUCAAAGACUAAUGGAUCUAUACAAAGGUGAGACACUAAGCAUUACUGUGACUGGGCACAGUCUUGGUGCGGCCUUAGCCCUACUGGUGGCCGAUGAACUGAGCACAUGUGCACCAGAGGUGCCACCGGUUGCGGUUUUCUCCUUUGGCGGCCCUCGUGUUGGCAAUCGGGGUUUUGCAGAUCGUAUUAAUUCAAAAAAUGUCAAGGUUUUACGUAUUGUGAACUCUCAAGACAUGAUCACCAAGGUACCAGGGGUGUUCGUCAGCGAAGGGCUCGACAGGACGCUGAGGAACUCAAGCGCGGCUGGGGUACUUGACGCGCUUGACAGUCACAUGCCAUGGGCUUACUCCCAUGUUGGGACUGAAUUAAGAGUUGAUACAAAGAUGUCACCAUACCUAAAGCCUAAUGCAGAUGUAGCAUGUUGCCAUGAUUUGGAGGCAUAUUUGCAUCUAGUGGAUGGUUUUAUGUCGUCAAAUUGUCCAUUUAGAGCAAAUGCUAAGAGAAGUCUAGUGAAAUUGCUGCAAGAACAAAAACCUAAUGUGAAAAAAUUGUACACCAGUAAGGUCAAAGUCUUGAGCUUGAAUCUGAAGAGGGAGGAAAUGCUUAUGUCAAGUUGUUUACAAAGUCCUUCUUGAUGUUUUACAAGGAAAUAUUUGUAAAAAUACCCAUUAUUUGGGCAAGGAUAUAAAUAAAUAUGCUUCUUGUACAAACUUGAAUAAGAAGAUCCAUACCUUUGUCUUUUUAUC